AGCAGCAUGUGUUGACGUCACGCUUGAAAAUAGGAGCGGUGUACUUCCGGCCGGGGGUCAGGAAAACAUGGCGGCUCSUGUCGGGAUGUCGGCACCGGCUUURGGCCCUCGUGCMGUCCCUGRUUUCUCCUCGGUGGCUCUGUCCGCCGACGCGGCCCCGUUCACUCCUCUGUCGGCGGACGGCUCGCACGUCGACUACCCUUCGGACGCUGAAAAGCAGUUCUCCCGCUGCGCCUCGAAGCUCCGAGCCCUGCGAGCAUCCUCCGGCCAACUGAGAGAGGAGCUCAACCAGAUGUUUGACCAGCUGCUGUCCGAGAACUACAGCAGAACCUUCGAGCCCAACAUCAACAUCAGACCGGAGGAUGUGUGUAUCCUGCUGCAACAUGUCAGRAGUCUUGUGCCUCUAAAUCAGGAACAUUUAGUGGUCAAAUUCUGCCAACUCAUACAUCACCUCUUAAAUCAACUAAAGGUAAUAAUGGACGAACAGACUCUGGAAGUGUUGGUGAACUAUACAGCCCGGGCUUUAAAAGAGUGCAGCACGUGGACCCACCCGGAUGUCCUCCUGGCACUCUCCACAGUAGUUUAUGGGAAUGGACCUCAUUGCCACCAGCUUGUCAGCGACUUACUGAGUGAAGGUGGAGUCCUUCUACAGUACAGCUCUCCAUCUCAGCCGAGUGUUGAGCUGCAGCGKGUCGCUCUCACCUGCAUGGCCAACAUCUGUCUCAGGGUUCCAGGUCAGCCACCUUUGGAUGAUCAGUACAGAAGUGUUUGCUUCAGAGUGUUUCUGAAGACACUGCAGUCACCUAAACCUCCCGACACUGACGACCUCUUCUACUGCAUGGUGGUCCAAGCAGCACUGAAGGGUCUUCAGUGUUGUCUCUCCGGUGGAAAGUGGAAAUUUGGAGGGGAGGAGCUUGGAUCUGCUCUGGCUGCGCUUAAGAGGCUCAUGUUCCAGGGAGCCCCAGGUUUGAGCGUGGACUGGCCCRCUGUGCUCUACCCAGCGCUCCUCUCUCAGUACGAAGGUGUCUCUGCAGAAAAACCUGCAGAAACACAAAAAUCUUCGGAAACGCCGAAAGAUGCUGACACAAGCGGAAAAGCUUCAGGCAAAAAAAAGAAGAAAUCAAAAGGAAAAGGUAAGAAGACGAAGACUGAUGACAGAGAGGAUGAUGGGAAGGAGAAAGAUAAAGAGGCGGAGCCUAUUCGUCAACGAGGAGGAGAAGAUGGAGUUAGAGAUGACAGGGAGGUGUUGCUCAAACCUUCUGUCUCACUUCUCUACCCGUUGUGGAAGCUAACCAGCUCAGACUCUGAGUUUUCUGACGCAGAAGGCAACGCACAGAGCAAAUUAAGACUUUACCAUGGCCGUGUGCGUCAGGGAGCCCUGCACUGCAUGCUGGCAGUGGUCAAAGCUGUGGAGAAGAGGACUCUGUAUGGAUACUGGUCCUCCUUCAUCCCUGACUCCCCUACAGGGGGUCCGCCCCCUUUAACUCUCCUCACAAUCAUACUGAAGGACUCUUCCCCAAAGGUACGAUUGUGUGCACUUCAGGUGUUGUCGGCCAUACUCGAUGGCUCCCGUCAGUUUCUGGCCGCYGCCGAGGACACGGCGUCCCCCCGGACGUCUUACACCCCGUUCUCCUUCACGCUGGCCACCGCCAUCAGAGAGCUGCACCGAGCGCUCAGUCUGGCUCUGCUGGCCGAGACCUCCCCUCAAACUCUCACGCAGGUCGUAAAGUGCUUGGCGUUCUUGGUGUCCAACGCUCCCUACCACCGCCUCCGCCCCGGACUCCUCAGCCAGCUCUGGAAGCAGAUUCGUUCAUACGUGCGCCACAGAGACGUGACCGUCCGUGUGUCUGUGCUCACGCUGUACGGCGCCCUGGUGACGACCCAGGCCCCCCUCCCGGAGGUGCAGCUGCUCCUCCAGCAGCCGGAGCCCGGUGGCUGCGGCGGCACGUCGGGCUCCUUCACGCCGCAGGACUCCGCUCUCAGCUGGAGGCAGAGAAAUGGCGUGGCCUCGCCCGCUCGCACGCAGUCCCCCCACAGUCCUCACACGCCGGCCGAGGGGGGAAGCUCUCCACCAUGGCUGCUGAAGCUGUGCGUGUCGCUGGUGACUCAGCCCAAGGAGGACCAAUCAGACUCUGAGGGAGCAGGAGGGGGGGCUGCAUUAGAGCCCUCUCCUGUUCGACUAGCAGCUUUACAGGUUCUGUCCCACCUCGUGCGUGGUUACUUCCCUCUGACUCAGUCCAGUCUGUGUGAGYUUGGACAGGUGAGCGCUCGCUGCCUCGGGGAGAUGGACCCCUCCUUACAACUACAUGGAGCUAAGCUACUAGAGGAGUUUGGUACGGGAAUAAUCCUGCAGUACAGAGCAGAAACCAGCGUUCCUGAAAGCUCAAGAGUCCCCAUAAACCAAGUGGUGCAGUUCUGGUCAGACGUGCUGAGCGGGCCGCUGAACGGAGCGCUGCAGAACAACCAGGACCCCGCUCUGCAGGCGAGCGCCUGUGACACGCUCGCWGCUGUGCUGCCGCAGGCCUUCAUGCAGCUCCCUGACAAAACUCAGCUGAUGUGCAUCACCGUGCUGCUGGGCCUGACCUACGUUGAGAACCACCUGGUGAAGACAUCAGCUGUUCGCGCAUUGGGGGUCUACAUCCUAUUCCCUAGUUUGAGAGAGGAUGUGAUGUUUGUGGCAGACACUGCGAACAUUAUCCUCGCUGCCCUCGAUGAUCGGUCGACGAAUGUUCGGGCCAAAGCUGUGUGGUCCCUCGCAAACCUCACCGACACACUCAUCAUUAACAUGCAGAAUGUUGGUGUGGAUUUCCAAGAAGAGCUGUCCGACAUGCUUCUGCUGAAGAUGUUGCAGGCGGCCACCCGAGCGUCCACAGACAAAGAUAAGGUGAAGUCGAACGCGGUGCGAGUGCUCGGGAAUCUGCUUCACUUCCUGCGUGACAGUCAGAUGACCCGCUCUGUGUUCCAGCGCCCUUUGGAGGACGCAGUCCGUGCUCUGGUUAGAACAGUCCUGUCUGAAGCCACCAUGAAGGUCAGGUGGAACGCUUGUUGCGCUUUGGGGAAUGCUUUCAGAAACCCCGCCCUGCCUCUCGAAGCUGCUCCGUGGUCCCAUGACGCAUUCUCCGCCCUCUGCCACGUCGUCACCUCCUGCCAGAACUUCAAGGUCCGGAUCAAAUCCGCCGCCGCCCUCGCCGUCCCGGCCCGCCGCAGCUGCUACGGCGACGUGGAGCGGUUCGCCCGCGUGUGGUGUUCGCUGGCGACGGCGCUGAAGAACAGCGAGGACACAAACGACUUCCUGGAGUAUCGCUACAGCGCCAGCCUGAGACACACGCUGGCGCGGGCCCUGCUGCACCUGCUCGGCAUCAGCGAGGCGCAGGACGUGCCCGUGCUCGGGGCGUCGCUGGCUGGGGAGGAGGGGCGGGGCAUCAGGGAGCACCUGGUUAAAUAUCUGACAGGGGACGGUGGAGGAGGAGGAGAGAAAGACGAUGAAGCUGGAGGAGAGAGAAACUCUGAGGCGGACGGUGUGAACCCCCAGCAGAGGAUCUGUGAUCUGCAGCAGACUCUGAUCAGACUUAAAGAGCUAGAGGCUGAAGGAGUGGAGGAAGGAAAGCAGGUGGUGGUUCAUUUCAUCGAGGAUCUUUUAAAGAUCUGUGAAGAGUUUUAGCUUUUUAUUUUCACGCACUUAAAAUCAGAAAAAGUGACUGAAGAUGAGCCGAUCAGUUAUUUUCUGUGUGGAACACAKUGGGCCUCAUGCAAGAACCGUUCYUARGCACAGAUUUG